AAUACGGAAUUCACUUGUUAUGCGACACGUCCAUAGAAUCUAAACCGCUAUAUAUAUCCGUCUUUGCCACCGCCUUGUCUCUUCUUUCUCCCUCAUCUUCAGACCAAAGUCGCCAAACUGUUCGCCUCAACUUUCCGACGAACACUUCGUUCGAGUGCUGGCCUUUCGAUUGCCGCUGCCGCCACCGCAUUCACAAAGAACCCUUCCAAGCCUGUUGAACACGGAGCAAGAAAAAUGCAUAGCAAGGUUGUCGUCAUUGGAUCUGGCCCCGCGGCCCAUACUGCUGCCAUCUAUCUGGCCAGAGCCGAGCUCAAGCCUGUUCUCUAUGAGGGCUUCAUGGCAAACGGCACCGCUGCCGGUGGCCAAUUGACGACCACGACCGAGAUUGAAAACUUCCCCGGUUUCCCCAAGGGAAUCAUGGGCCAGGAGCUGAUGGACAACAUGCGUGCCCAGUCCGAGCGCUUCGGCACCGAAAUCGUCACCGACACCGUCACCAAGCUCGACCUCUCCCAGCGACCAUUCAAGUUCUCGACCGAGUUCAACCCCGACGAGACGCACACGGCCGACUCCGUCAUCAUCGCUACCGGCGCUUCGGCCCGCCGCCUCAACCUCCCCGGCGAGGACAAGUACUGGCAGAACGGCAUCUCGGCCUGUGCCGUCUGCGACGGCGCCUUGCCCAUCUUCCGCAACAAGCCCCUCUUCGUCAUUGGUGGUGGUGAUUCCGCCGCUGAGGAGGCCACUUUCCUCACAAAGUACGGCUCCCACGUCACUGUCCUGGUGCGCCGCGAUGUCCUGCGUGCCAGCAAGGCCAUGGCCAUCCGCCUGCUCAAGCACCCCAAGGUCACCGUGCGCUUCCACUCUGUCGCCACCGAGGUCAAGGGCGGCGAGGACGGCCUCAUGAGCCACCUGGUCAUCAAGAACGUCGUCACCGGCGAGGAGGAGACGGUCGAGGCCAACGGCCUCUUCUACGCCGUCGGCCACGACCCCGCCACCGCCCUGGUCAAGGGCCAGGUCGACACCGACUCCGAGGGCUACAUCGUCACCAAGCCCGGCACCACCGAGACCAGCAUCCCCGGUGUUUUCGCUGCUGGCGAUGUCCAGGACAAGCGGUACCGCCAGGCCAUCACUAGUGCCGGCACUGGAUGCAUGGCUGCCUUGGAGGCGGAGAAGUACAUCACCGAGAUGGAGUAGAAUGUGAUGGACAGAUAGAAUCUAGAUCAACAUGUAUAUAAGCAGUGCGAAUUUGUCUUCUUGAGCGAAAGAACAAAAGCAAUAGUAGAAAUAGACUACAGUCGAUUCAUC